CCAGCACGUUGUGAAAACAAAACCAUACAUACACAUCUCUCGACUUAUACAAGCUUCCAAACACGUGACACGUGCGCAGCACAUAGAUCCUUCCCUCAAGCGUCCAAAACACGAUACGCAGCAUAGGUUUACCCUAAACGCGAAGGAGGGUUUUUGGCGAGCUCAAGUUAAGCAGCAUGGAUGUUAAUGCCAAUUCGCAAUCUUCGCUCUCCACCAGCCUUAAUCACCCUAAGGUGGCAGUUGCUGAAGAACUCGGAAAUUCUAGUAGCAUUGCAGGAGCAACAGCUGCAGGAUGUCUUGUGUCAGAGAAUUCAGAUAAUAUAAAUGAUUGUGCCUCAGAUAUGUCGUAUCAUGGUGAUGACAAUGAUAGUGAAGGGGAUGACGUUGUUGAUGAUGAUUAUGGCGAUCUCUACGAUGACGAUGAUUAUGAUUACAUGUUUGAUGACAACAGUGAUGAUGAGAAUAUUAAGAAGAAAAAACAAAAAUCAGGAAGUGAUGAUGAAUAUUUGAGUGUGCAAUUACAGUUUGACAAUGUAGAUUUGCCUCCUGGGGUGGAAGCUUCAGUUCCUGACUUUGCUGAUAUAGACAGCAAGGCUUCUGCUUCAAGGCGUAGAGCAAUACCUGCAAACUUCAGUUCUAAUGCAAAGGAGGGAGGCGGGGAGAAAGAACUUGAUGCGGUGCAGAAGUAUCUAACAUUCAAGAGAUUUGACAUUGUUGAUGAUUUAUCAGAUCAUUAUUACCUCAAACCUGAAGGCUUUAAUAAACUUCAGCCUACAUCAAGUUGGACAAAGAAAAUCCAUGACGAGUGGAAAAUUUUGGAGAGCAACUUACCUGAUACAAUAUAUGUUCGAGUUUAUGAGGGUAGGAUGGAUCUUUUGCGGGCUGUCAUCAUUGGACCAACAGGCACCCCCUACCAUGAUGGGCUUUUUACUUUUGAUGUUCACUUUCCCAAAAACUAUCCUGACGUACCACCUCUGGUUAAUUACCGUUCUGGAGGGCUUCGAAUUAAUCCAAACUUGUACGAAACUGGAUAUGUCUGCCUCAGCCUUCUAAACACUUGGACUGGGAAAGGGAGUGAGAAAUGGUUGCCCAACAAAUCUACAAUGCUGCAGGUUUUGGUUUCUAUACAGGCUCUAAUACUAAAUGCAAAACCUUUCUUUAACGAGCCUGGACAUGCCUCUAGUUACCGUGGAAAUGAGGGUGUGAAAAUGUCUGCUGAGUACAAUGAAAGAACCUUUAUAUUAUCCUUGAAAACGAUGAUUUAUACCCUCAGAACCCCCCCAAAGCAUUUUGAAGAUUUUGUUUCUGGUCAUUUUCGUGUUUGGGGACGUGUUAUUUUAAUCGCUUGUAGAGCUUACAUGGAGGGGGCUGGUAUUGGUUCAGAUGUCAAAGGUAACAUUGAGGAGUCAGGCAAGGGUGAAGCGAGCCAGCUAAAAGGAUUCAGGAAAGAGGUAGCUACAAUGUUGAAAUUGCUUGUAGAAAGCUUUAUUGGAAAUGGAUCAACAGACUGUGAGGAGUUCCGUCUUGCAGACUGACUAGAGUUACAUUCUGUGGUAACAUAGCAAACUUGAGGUUGGGUCAUAUAUAGUUUAGCCCUUCGCUAACUUUGUACUUGCUAGUUAAAGAGUAUAUAUUUAAGAAGGGUAAAUAGUUAAGGGAUGAUGAUUCUUGGAUUCAAGUCAUUUUUAUUUUUUGCACAAUGAUGUCUGGUUUAUAGCUGAUUACAAGACAGUUUUCUUUCAUUCAAGAUUCAUGACUUUAAAAAGUCGAUUUCUGAAA